CCGCCCCUUAAAAAAAAAAAUCCACGUGUUUACAGAAAUGUGUGAUCUUUCUGUUCACUAAAUGGGCUUGUUGACGUCUCUGUUUUAUUUGGCUUAAAAGUGAAAUUUUAUCGAUAUGGAUCUUGCCUCCAAAGACGCCUACAUCCAAAAACUGGCGAGUAAAGUCAUCAGUCAGCGGAAUGAGGAGCACAGGAAGAGACCGUUCGCUCAUGUUAAAUGUAAAAAUGACACCGGUCCUGCAAAGAAGAGGAAGAAGAAGAAAAACAAGGAGAAACAACAUAAACAAAAUGCCACUGAUAAGAAGACGCCAAAACUUAAACCUCAGCAGAAGUCUUCAAACAGUCCAGCGGUGCAGAAUGGCCCUGCAAAACCGAGCGGGCCCAAAACUUCAGGUCCAAGUGGAGCCGCAUCAGAAGAAACACAAAAAUCCAAAGGAGGAAACAUCAAGUCCAACUUCUCCACAGUAGAUAUUCUACGCAAGAGGCUGCAUGAAAAGAUUGAAGCAUCCAGAGGACAGGGAUCCCCAAAAGAUGCAUCAUCAGAAGCGGUCCAGGCAAAGCGAGCCAAACGUAAGUUGGAGCGGGAACGCAAGAAGAGGAAGAGGAAAGAGUUUCGGAUAAAGAAACUGGCUGAAGAAAGUGGCCAAGAACCAAAACAGGAGAUAAAACAGGAAAAUGAUCCACCACCGGCUGCCAGCAAGCGAGACAGUAUCGCCAUGGUCUUCAACAAGGUGGAGACCGUGGAAGAGGCAUUUGUGGAUAAAAUGCUGAUAAAGAAGAACAAGAAAAAGAACAUAAAGGGCAAGUUAACGCCACUGACGGGGAAGAACUACAAGCAGCUGCUGAACCGCGUGGAAGCCCGCAAGGCCAAGCUGGAAGAGCUGAGGCAGAAAGACGAGGGUAAGGCCCGCCAGUUUGAAGAGAAGAUGAAGUGGACCAACCUGCUCUACAAGGCAGAGGGCCUGAAGAUCAAAGACAACGAGGACAUGUUGCGAGCCUCGCUCAAGAAGAAGGAGAAGCAGCGCACGCAGAGGAAGAAGCAGUGGGAAAAGCGCAGCGAGCACAUCAUUGAGAAGAUGCAGCAGCGACAAGACAAGCGGCGAAAGAACAUCCAGAAACGCAAGAACAUAAAAAUGGAGAAGAAAAAGGAGAGGGCGCGUAAGAAGGGCAGAGUGCUGCCCGAGGACUUAAAAAAAGCGUCGGUGUAGUAUGUAAGACAACGCAACAUUGUGAAAAUACUGCAGCUGUCUUAGGAACGUGACAUGAAAGCGUGGCUUCUGUCUCACACAUAUAUGGUGUCUUCAUUCCUGUUGAGGUUUAAUGUGGACAAUAAAAUGUGGCUCUUAAUUCUGCCAA